AUGCCGAGAUCUUUCCUUGUGAAGAAGAAACGUGGGGCGUGUGGAGCAUGGCAAUGGAAAGAGUCAGAGCAGGCUGAGUGGAAGGAAGAUAAUACAGCAGAUGCUAAAGGGUCAGUGUCCUGCUGUGCUGACACCCAACAGUCUGCUACUGUGCCUCAGCCAGUAACCACCUUAGGAUGUGGGACAGCAGCAGAAAUGAGAGUGCCAGUUCCUUUGGCAGGGUCAGGAGAGGCAGGGGCUGACACCAGGCAGGACUGGCCCACACUGAUGCUCCGCGGUUCCUUCUACCAUCCCAACACACUGGCACUGGUCAGCAGAGCCAAGCCCCGUCCACGUACAUCCUUCAGCUCAGGUGACUUUGUGUGCUCAGUGUGCCACAAGAUAUUCCCCCUGCAGCGCAUGUUGACCCGUCACCUCAAGUGUCACAGCAUGGUGAAGAGACAUCCUUGUCGAUUCUGUGGCAAAGGAUUCAACGAUACCUUCGACCUCAAGAGGCAUAUGCGAACACACACAGGUAUCCGUCCCUACAAGUGUGAGCUGUGUGAGAAAGCCUUCACGCAGCGCUGCUCUCUGGAGUCCCAUAUGAGGAAGAUUCACAGCGUUAACCAACAGUAUGCCUACCGCCAGAGACGUUCCAAGAUCUUCGUGUGUGAGGACUGUGGUUACACCUCCAGCCGCCCAGAUGAGUACUUCCUCCACGUGAGACAGUGCCACCCCGGCAGUCCCGCCCUCCGCAGGUACUACCGCCGCCAGGCCCAUGAGAACAGCAGCUUUGCACCAGGGGAGGGUAAACUCAACCCCUAUGUACUGUAUUCAACCCCUGCUUACUACAUGUAG